UUUAAACAGGCCGAAAACCCUAAACCUCACAUCCCCGCUUCUCAUUCCCCCCCUCCCCACGUCGCCGGCCCUGAGCUUCACUUUUUGGCGCCGACUCCUCACCUUUUCGGACAGCCCCUGCCUCUCUUGUUCUUCUUCUUAGGAGAAAGAAUGAAGGUUAAGAAGAAGAGCUCUGUUGCGGCAGACUCGGUGAAAGAACAACAGAAGAAGCAAAAGGGGAAGGGGAAGAUGAAGAUGAAGAUUCCUGAAGCGAAACAAGAAAAACAGCAACCGGAGGAAGUAGACUCUGAUUCUGUUUACGAUUCCGGAGCUGAAGAUGAGAGGAGUCUGUCAAAUCAUGAGGAUAUGUCUGGUGGUGAAGGAUCUGACUUAGAGGAUUAUCCAUCAAUCAGAGACACAGACUCGGAAGAUGAAGAGAGUGGUUUUUCUGAAGAUGAGGGUGAGCUCAACACCAGCAGAAAUGAUGGUUUGGCAAUUGAUCAUGGUAAUGAGGAGGAAAGUGAUAGUUCUGGACUUCAUGAAGUAGUCGAGGAAAGUGAUUCAUCUGAAGAUGAGGUUGCUCCUCGAAAUACAAUCGGUGCUGUUCCCUUGGAGUGGUAUCGGGAUGAGAAACAUAUUGGUUAUGAUCUUACAGGGAAGAAGAUUAAAAAGAAGGAAAGAGAAGAUAAAUUACAAUCCUUUCUCGCUAGCGCUGAUGAUUCCAAAAAUUGGCGCAAAUUUUUGGAUGAAUACAAUGAUGAGGAAGUAGAAGUGACAAAAGAAGAUAUGAAAACUAUAAAUAGAUUGCUUGAAGGAAAGGCGCCACACGGUGACUUUGAUCCAUAUGCGCCUUAUGUUGAUUGGUUUAAAUGGGAUGACUCAAAGCAUCCACUGUCAAAUGCCCCUGAACCCAAGAGACGAUUCAUUCCUUCAAAAUCUGAAAGUAAACUGGUGAAGAGGUUAGUAUUAGCAAUUCGGAAGGGUUUAAUUAAGCCUAGAAAGGAUGAAGAAGAAGAAGAAGAAGAAAGUGUUUAUCCCUUGUGGGGAGACGACUCUAAUUCAACGGAAAAGGAUGGUAGCCAUUUAUCUUACAUUCCAGCGCCAAAGCCAAAAUUGCCAGGGUAUGAGGAGUCUUUCAAUCCUCCUCCAGAAUUCAUCCCAACACAAGAAGAGAUUGAUGCUUAUCAGUUAAUGUAUGAGGAAGACCGCCCUAAGUUUAUACCGAAAAGGUUUACAUCUAUGAGAAGCAUCCCUGCAUAUGAGAAUGCUAUUAAGGAGUGCUUCGAAAGAUGUUUGGAUCUAUACUUGUGCCCCAGAGUUCGGAAGAAACGUAUCAAUAUUGAUCCUGAAUCUCUGAAGCCCAAGCUACCAAGCCGAAAGGAUCUCAAGCCUUAUCCUGUGAAAUGUUAUCUAGAGUAUAGAGGUCACAAAGACACAGUUACAUCAGUUUCCACAGAAGUUUCAGGGCAGUGGAUUGCAUCAGGUUCAUUGGAUGGAACUGUGCGUAUUUGGGAGGUUGAAACUGGUAGAUGUCUCAAACUCUGGGAGAUUGGAGAAGCUGUCACAUAUGUAGCUUGGAAUCCCAAUCCUGAGUAUUCCGUAUUGGCUGUCUCUGUGGGACAAGAUGUACUUAUUCUCAACACUGGUUUUGGGAAUGAAGAAGUACAGAAAAAAACUAAAGAACUUCUUUCAGCUGAAACACCUACCACACCAGAUGACACGGCUACCUUCGUGAGCUGGAUUCAAGAUGAAACACAUGAGGGCACCAGGUUAAGACAUUUUAAGACUGUGUCUUCAGUGGAAUGGCAUCGUAGAGGAGACUACUUUUCAACGGUGGUGCCAGCAGAUAUCCUUUUUAGUGUCAAAAUAUCUUAUACGCUCUCUCUCACACUCUCACUCACUCUCACUGUCACAUAUCACUCACUCACUCACUUUUUUUGCACGAUCCAAUUAGUCAUCUCCUUGCAUUUUCUUGACUUAGCUUUACGCCAAUCAAAAUCAAUUUUUAUGCAUAGGCUCUCUCAGAAGUCUACCCAGACAUUUUCAAUCAAGUUGGGUGGGCUUGCAGUUACUUCAGUUUUCCAUCCUGUUCGCUCCCACAUCUUCAUUUCUACGAAGAAAACUAUUCGCCAAUAUGAUUUGGUGAAGGGAAAGCAAAUCAGAAAGCUUGAUACAGGACUAAAAGAAAUCUCCUCCAUUGCAGUUCAUCCUUCUGGUGAUCAUGUAAUUGUGGGGAGCAGAGAAGGAAAAUUUUGUUGGUUUGAUAUGGACCUUUCAACCAAAAAACCUUACCUUAUUCGCCAGUGGCAUAAGAAGGACAUCAACAAUGUGUCUAUCCAUCGUUUAUAUCCGUUGUUUGCAACAUGCUCUGAUGAUUGCACCGUACAAGUUUCUCAUGGCAUGGUUUAUUCAGAUCUUAACCAGAACCCUCUUAUAGUUCCACUGGAAAUACUCCGAGGUCAUGCAAGCUCAGAUGGGAGAGGUGUAAUGGAUUGCAAAUUCCACCCAAGGCAGCCCUGGUUGUUCACGGCCGGUGCUGACUCGGUGAUCAGACUUUACUGCGAUUGAGAAGAAAAGAGAUGAAACUGCAUUCGUACACAGUACUAAUUGAUCUAGCAUCAUCAGUUGGGUCACAAUUUUCUGUGCUCUGAAAUCUAAAUACAUUGUUCAUCUUUUAGAUGUCUGUAGUAUCAAUAAUUGUUCAAUCCCAAUUUUGACACCAUACAACUGGUCCUUAUUAAAUUUGUUUUCCUUUUCUA